AUGGAAGGCGAUGGCUGGCUGGAUGAAGCUUUGCCAGAUUUUGAUGAGCUAGCUGAAGAGUUUGCGGGUUGCCCAGCCCCAGCAGGGGGAACUGCAGAUGAUCAGUCCGGAAAUGUGCCUGACAGGCCGCAACUGCUGAGCAACUGCUUGGCAGGCUUAGCGGGCGGCGAGGGCAAGUGGAAGUGCAAGACCUGCCUGUGCCAGUGGGACAUGAGCACCAUCAAGUGCCAGGCCUGUGACGGAUACCAGCCAGGGCUAUCUGAAGAGGCCAUUGCAAAGAUGGAAGCGGAAAAGGAGGCACAGCAUGCAGCAGCCAUUGCCAAGUUUCAGACGACCUCCACCGUCAAGCCAACAGGCUUUGGUUCUGCAGCGGCGAGUGCUGGGAGCAUCUUCGGAUCUGCAAGCUCUCCAUCUUUGGUUUUUGGAUUUGGGAGCGGUGAGGGUGCCAGCUCAGCUGGCAUCGGCUUCGUGGCCACAGGCACCAGCAGCGGGUUCAGCUCUGGAUUUGGCUCUGGAUUCGGCUCUGGAUUUGGUUCUGCGUUUGGUUCUGGUUUCGGAAGCAGCUCCCAAGCUGGCAGCGUAUCUUUUGGUUUUGGAGGAUCUUCUUCGAGUUCUGCUCCUGCCUUCACCUUUGGCACGUCCGCUGCUCCGGCUGCGCCCGUCAGCAAACAGCUGCAGGAGUUGCCUGACCUUGAGCGGACCGAUGAGGUGCCAGUGGGGGACGUCUUUGUGCACGGCAGUGGGGAGUGCGACCAACUUGGCUUGGGAGACGACAUGCGCGAGCGGCGCAAGCCAACUCUCAUGAAAGCGCUUGUUGGCAAGCAGAUAUCUGAAAUUGCUGUUGGAGCCAUGCAUGUUCUCUGCGUUUCUUCAGGUGGAGCUUUGUACAGCUGGGGGUGCAACGAUGACGGGGCUUUGGGCAGGGUGUCCUCUGACGGCUCUGAUGGAGGCCCGUCGGAUGUAGAGCCUUCCCGCGUGAGCAUGCCAAGUGGCGUUGCCGUCCGCAAGGUGUCUUGUGGUGAUUGCCACAGCUGUGCAUUGGAUGAUCGUGGAAGAGUUUGGCUGUGGGGCACCUACAAGGAUUCCAACGGCUACAUUGGCAUCGUGCACAAGCGGAAGCAAGAGUCGGAAGUGCUGGAGAAGAGUUCUGAGCCUGCCCUUGUGCUGGAGGGAUGUUCCAUGCUUACCAGCGGUGCCAACCACACUGUUGCUCUUUCGGCAGCAAGUGGGCCAAGGAAGGUUUAUGCUUGGGGUUCCAACGCGACUGGGCAGCUUGGUGUGGCUGAUGCUGUUGGCUGCGGGUUUGCGGAGAAGCUGAUUCCCUCCAACCAGCUCGGAGGCCUCACAGCGCGGGACGCAGGCGGUUGCGAAAUUGACGGCGAGCCAGUGGUUCGACUGCGAGAAUCCAACGGCACAGAGCGGAGUGCAGCGACCAUGACCUUGGCAGAGUUGCAGCAAGCCGCCCAAGGGCCACAGGCAGCUGCUUUGAUAGUGCAAGUGCCAGAUAGAGAAGUGCCCAAAGCAGAGAAGAAGAAGCUGCUGCAUCCACACGAAGUGUGCUUGAGCGCUUCCAAUGCUCCUGUGGACGGCGUCUUUGCAAGUGCCGAAUGCACCUUUGUCACGGUGCAGAGCGGGGAUGUGCUGGGUUGUGGCCUGAAUGGUGACGGUCAGCUGGGAGUGGGUUUUGCUAGCAUGGCGGUGCCGACUCUUCGCGCAGUACGCCGGCUGCGGCAAGCAACCUGGCUGGGUGGUGGCCUGCACAGCACAGCUGCUCUAGCUGACGGGCGCGUAUUCACCUGGGGCAAGGCUGAGGAGUGUGGCUUGGGCCUUGGCGAGAAGGACCGUCCUCUGCUGGAACCUCGUGAAGUGUCGGGGCUUCCAAGAGUGCGAGCUUUGCGAUGUGGUGGCCAUCACAUGCUGGCAACCACCAUGGAGGGCGACCUUUUCGUUUGGGGAUGUGGCCUGACCCAUCAGUUGGGCAACCGCCCGCGAGACGUAUCCAAUCCUUGCGAUGCUGAUGAGGAGCCCGAGGACGAGCUGAGACCUUAUCGCGUGUCAUCAAAGCAGCUGGAGCAGCGCUUUGUCAUGGUGGCAGACGGUGGCGCACAGCACACGGUAGAGCUCGCAUGGGACGGCUCCUAUGGCAAGCCACAGCCAGCGGAGGCUGCUGCUGACACCAACAUGCGUGAGUCAAUCAAUGCAGAGGACUUGGAACCACCAGCCAAGCGCAGAUUGACAGACCAGCCGGCGGCAGCACCACAGGAGGCAGCAACACGGGAGGCAAUACCGGAAGAGACAGCAAAGCCCGCGGACGUGCGGCCUGAAUCCACUGAAGAUGCGAAUGUCAACGAGCUGGUCAGCUUUGAAGGCUUAGCGGGCGUGGGCGAGGGCAAGUGGAAGUGCAAGACCUGCCUGUGCCAGUGGGACAUGAGCACCAUCAAGUGCCAGGCCUGUGACGGAUACCAGCCAGGGCUAUCUGAAGAGGCCAUUGCAACGAUGGAAGCGGAAAAGGAGGCACAGCAUGCAGCAGCCAUUGCCAAGUUUCAGACGACCUCCACCGUCAAGCCAACAGGCUUUGGUUCUGCAGCGGCGAGUGCUGGGAGCAUCUUCGGAUCUGCAAGCUCUCCAUCUUUGGUUUUUGGCUUUGGGAGCGGUGAGGGUGCCAGCUCAGCUGGCAGCGGCUUCGUGGCCACAGGCACCAGCAGCGGGUUCAGCUCUGGAUUUGGCUCUGGAUUCGGCUCUGGAUUUGGUUCUGCGUUUGGUUCUGGUUUCGGAAGCAGCUCCCAAGCUGGCAGCGUAUCUUUUGGUUUUGGAGGAUCUUCUUCGAGUUCUGCUCCUGCCUUCACCUUUGGCACGUCCGCUGCUCCGGCUGCGCCCGUCAGCAAACAGCUGCAGGAGUUGCCUGACCUUGAGCGGACCGAUGAGGUGCCAGUGGGGGACGUCUUUGUGCACGGCAGUGGGGAGUGCGACCAACUUGGCUUGGGAGACGACAUGCGCGAGCGGCGCAAGCCAACUCUCAUGAAAGCGCUUGUUGGCAAGCAGAUCUCUGAAAUUGCUGUUGGUGCCAUGCAUGUUCUCUGCGUUUCUUCAGGUGGAGCUUUGUACAGCUGGGGGUGCAACGAUGACGGGGCUUUGGGCAGGGUGUCCUCUGACGGCUCUGAUGGAGGCCCGUCGGAUGUAGAGCCUUCCCGCGUGAGCAUGCCAAGUGGCGUUGCAGUCCGCAAGGUGUCUUGUGGUGAUUGCCACAGCUGUGCAUUGGAUGAUCGUGGAAGAGUUUGGCUGUGGGGCACCUACAAGGAUUCCAACGGCUACAUUGGCAUCGUGCACAAGCGGAAGCAAGAGUCGGAAGUGCUGGAGAAGAGUUCUGAGCCUGCCCUUGUGCUGGAGGGAUGUUCCAUGCUUACCAGCGGUGCCAACCACACUGUUGCUCUUUCGGCAGCAAGUGGGCCAAGGAAGGUUUAUGCUUGGGGUUCCAACGCGACUGGGCAGCUGGGCGUGGCUGAUGGUGUUGGCUGCGGGUUCGCGGAGAAGCUGAUUCCCUCCAACCAGCUCGGAGGCCUCACAGCACGGGACGCAGGCGGUUGCGAAAUUGACGGCGAGCCAGUGGUUCGACUGCGAGAAUCCAACGGCACAGAGCGGAGUGCAGCGACCAUGACCUUGGCACAGUUGCAGCAAGCCGCCCAAGGGCCACAGGCAGCUGCUUUGAUAGUGCAAGUGCCAGAUAGAGAAGUGCCCAAAGCAGAGAAGAAGAAGCUGCUGCAUCCACACGAAGUGUUCUUGAGCGCUACCAAUGCUUCUGUGGACGGCGUCUUUGCAAGUGCCGAAUGCACCUUCGUCACGGUGCAGAGUGGGGAUGUGCUGGGUUGUGGCCUGAAUGGUGACGGUCAGCUGGGAGUGGGUUUUGCCAGCAUGGCGGUGCCGACUCUUCGCGCUGUUUGCCGGCUGCGGCAAGCAACCUGGCUGGGUGGUGGCCUGCACAGCACAGCUGCUCUAGCUGAUGGGCGCGUAUUCACCUGGGGCAAGGCUGAGGAGUGUGGCUUGGGCCUUGGCGAGAAGGACCGUCCUCUGCUGGAACCUCGUGAAGUGUCGGGGCUUCCAAGAGUGCGAGCUUUGCGAUGUGGUGGCCAUCACAUGCUGGCAACCACCAUGGAGGGCGACCUUUUCGUUUGGGGAUGUGGCCUGACCCAUCAGUUGGGCAACCGCCCGCGAGACGUAUCCAAUCCUUGCGAUGCUGAUGAGGAGCCCGAGGACGAGCUGAGACCUUAUCGCGUGUCAUCAAAGCAGCUGGAGCAGCGCUUUGUCAUGGUGGCAGACGGUGGCGCACAGCACACGGUAGAGCUCGCAUGGGACGGCUCCUACGGCAAGCCUCAGCCAGCAGAUGCUGCUGCUGACACCGGCAUGCGUGAGUCAAUCAAUGCAGAGGACUUGGAACCACCAGCCAAGCGCAGAUUGACAGACCAGCCGGCGGCAGCACCACAGGAGGCAGCAACACGGGAGGCAAUACCGGAAGAGACAGCAAAGCCCGCGGACGUGCGGCCUGAAUCCACUGAAGAUGCGAAUGUCAACGAGCUGGUCAGCUUUGAAGGCUUAGCGGGCGUGGGCGAGGGCAAGUGGAAGUGCAAGACCUGCCUGUGCCAGUGGGACAUGAGCACCAUCAAGUGCCAGGCCUGUGACGGAUACCAGCCAGGGCUAUCUGAAGAGGCCAUUGCAAAGAUGGAAGCGGAAAAGGAGGCACAGCAUGCAGCAGCCAUUGCCAAGUUUCAGACGACCUCCACCGUCAAGCCAACAGGCUUUGGUUCUGCAGCGGCGAGUGCUGGGAGCACCUUCGGAUCUGCAAGCUCUCCAUCUUUGGUUUUUGGCUUUGGGAGCGGUGAGGGUGCCAGCUCAGCUGGCAGCGGCUUCGUGGCCACAGGCACCAGCAGCGGGUUCAGCUCUGGAUUUGGCUCUGGAUUCGGCUCUGGAUUUGGUUCUGCGUUUGGUUCUGGUUUCGGAAGCAGCUCCCAAGCUGGCAGCGUAUCUUUUGGUUUUGGAGGAUCUUCUUCGAGUUCUGCUCCUGCCUUCACCUUUGGCACGUCCGCUGCUCCGGCUGCGCCCGUCAGCAAACAGCUGCAGGAGUUGCCUGACCUUGAGCGGACCGAUGAGGUGCCAGUGGGGGACGUCUUUGUGCACGGCAGUGGGGAGUGCGACCAACUUGGCUUGGGAGACGACAUGCGCGAGCGGCGCAAGCCAACUCUCAUGAAAGCGCUUGUUGGUAAGCAGAUAUCUGAAAUUGCUGUUGGAGCCAUGCAUGUUCUCUGCGUUUCUUCAGGUGGAGCUUUGUACAGCUGGGGGUGCAACGAUGACGGGGCUUUGGGCAGGGUGUCCUCUGACGGCUCUGAUGGAGGCCCGUCGGAUGUAGAGCCUUCCCGCGUGAGCAUGCCAAGUGGCUUUGCCGUCCGCAAGGUGUCUUGUGGUGAUUGCCACAGCUGUGCAUUGGAUGAUCGUGGAAGAGUUUGGCUGUGGGGCACCUACAAGGAUUCCAACGGCUACAUUGGCAUCGUGCACAAGCGGAAGCAAGAGUCGGAAGUGCUGGAGAAGAGUUCUGAGCCCGCUCUUGUGCUGGAGGGAUGUUCCAUGCUUGCCAGCGGUGCCAACCACACUGUUGCUCUUUCGGCAGCAAGUGGGUCAAGGAAGGUCUAUGCUUGGGGUUCCAACGCGACUGGGCAGCUGGGCGUGGCUGAUGGUGUUGGCUGCGGGUUCGCGGAGAAGCUGAUUCCCUCCAACCAGCUCGGAGGCCUCACAGCACGGGACGCAGGCGGUUGCGAAAUUGACGGCGAGCCAGUGGUUCGACUGCGAGAAUCCAACGGCACAGAGCGGAGUGCAGCGACCAUGACCUUGGCAGAGUUGCAGCAAGCCGCCCAAGGGCCACAGGCAGCUGCUUUGAUAGUGCAAGUGCCAGAUAGAGAAGUGCCCAAAGCAGAGAAGAAGAAGCUGCUGCAUCCACACGAAGUGUUCUUGAGCGCUACCAAUGCUCCUGUGGACGGCGUCUUUGCAAGUGCCGAAUGCACCUUCGUCACGGUGCAGAGUGGGGAUGUGCUGGGCUGUGGCUUGAAUGGUGACGGUCAGCUGGGAGUGGGUUUUGCCAGCAUGGCGGUGCCGACUCUUCGCGCAGUACGCCGGCUGCGGCAAGCAACCUGGCUGGGUGGUGGCCUGCACAGCACAGCUGCUCUAGCUGACGGGCGCGUAUUCACCUGGGGCAAGGCUGAGGAGUGUGGCUUGGGCCUUGGCGAGAAGGACCGUCCUCUGCUGGAACCUCGUGAAUUGUCGGGGCUUCCAAGAGUGCGAGCUUUGCGAUGUGGUGGCCAUCACAUGCUGGCAACCACCAUGGAGGGCGACCUUUUCGUUUGGGGAUGUGGCCUGACCCAUCAGUUGGGCAACCGCCCGCGAGACAUAUCCAACCCUUGCGAUGCUGAUGAGGAGCCCGAGGACGAGCUAAGACCUUAUCGUGUGUCAUCAAAGCAGCUGGAGCAGCGCUUUGUCAUGGUGGCAGACGGUGGCGCACAGCAUACGGUAGAGCUCGCAUGGGACGGCUCCUACGGCAAGCCUCAGCCAGCAGAUGCUGCUGCUGACACCGGCAUGCGUGAGUCAAUCAAUGCAGAGGACUUGGAACCACCAGCCAAGCGCAGAUUGACAGACCAGCCGGCGGCAGCACCACAGGAGGCAGCACCACAGGAGGCAAUACCGGAAGAGACAGCAAAGCCCGCGGACGUGCGGCCUGAAUCCACUGAAGAUGCGACUGUCAACGAGCUGGUCAGCUUUGAAGGCUUAGCGGGCGUGGGCGAGGGCAAGUGGAAGUGCAAGACCUGCCUGUGCCAGUGGGACAUGAGCACCAUCAAGUGCCAGGCCUGUGACGGAUACCAGCCAGGGCUAUCUGAAGAGGCCAUUGCAAAGAUGGAAGCGGAAAAGGAGGCACAGCAUGCAGCAGCCAUUGCCAAGUUUCAGACGACCUCCACCGUCAAGCCAACAGGCUUUGGUUCUGCAGCGGCGAGUGCUGGGAGCAUCUUCGGAUCUGCAAGCUCUCCAUCUUUGGUUUUUGGCUUUGGGAGCGGUGAGGGUGCCAGCUCAGCUGGCAGCGGCUUCGUGGCCACAGGCACCAGCAGCGGGUUCAUCUCUGGAUUUGGCUCUGGAUUAGGCUCUGGAUUUGGUUCUGCGUUUGGUUCUGGUUUCGGAAGCAGCUCGCAAACUGGUGGCGUAUCUUUUGGUUUUGGAGGAUCUUCUUCGAGUUCUGCUCCUGCCUUCACCUUUGGCACGUCCGCUGCUCCGGCUGCGCCCGUCACCAAAAAGCUGCAGGAGUUGCCUGACCUUGAGCGGACCGAUGAGGUGCCAGUGGGGGACGUCUUUGUGCACGGCAGUGGGGAGUGCGACCAGCUUGGCUUGGGAGACAAGUUGCCGAUGCGCGAGCGGCGCAAGCCAACCCUCGUGAAAGACCUGGUUGGCAAUCAGAUCUAUGAAAUUGCUGUUGGUGCCAUGCAUGUUCUCUGCGUUUCUGCAGGUGCUGCUUUGUACAGCUGGGGGUGCAACGAUGACGGGGCUUUGGGCAGGGUGUCCUCUGACGGCUCUGAUGGAGGCCCGUCGGAUGUAGAGCCUUCUCGCGUGAGCAUGCCAAGUGGUGUUGCCGUCCGCAAGGUGUCUUGUGGUGAUUGCCACAGCUGUGCAUUGGAUGAUCGUGGAAGAGUUUGGCUGUGGGGCACCUACAAGGAUUCCAACGGCUACAUUGGCAUCGUGCACAAGCGGAAGCAAGAGUCGGAAGUGCUGGAGAAGAGUUCUGAGCCUGCCCUUGUGCUGGAGGGAUGUUCCAUGCUUGCCAGCGGUGCCAACCACACUGUUGCUCUUUCGGCAGCAAGUGGGUCAAGGAAGGUCUAUGCUUGGGGUUCCAACGCGACUGGGCAGCUGGGCGUGGCUGAUGGUGUUGGCUGCGGGUUCGCGGAGAAGCUGAUUCCCUCCAACCAGCUCGGAGGCCUCACAGCACGGGACGCAGGCGGUUGCGAAAUUGACGGCGAGCCAGUGGUUCGACUGCGAGAAUCCAACGGCACAGAGCGGAGUGCAGCGACCAUGACCUUGGCAGAGUUGCAGCAAGCCGCCCAAGGGCCACAGGCAGCUGCUUUGAUAGUGCAAGUGCCAGAUAGAGAAGUGCCCAAAGCAGAGAAGAAGAAGCUGCUGCAUCCACACGAAGUGUUCUUGAGCGCUACCAAUGCUCCUGUGGACGGCGUCUUUGCAAGUGCCGAAUGCACCUUCGUCACGGUGCAGAGUGGGGAUGUGCUGGGUUGUGGCCUGAAUGGUGACGGUCAGCUGGGAGUGGGUUUUGCUAGCAUGGCGGUGCCGACUCUUCGCGCAGUAUGCCGGCUGCGGCAAGCAAUUUGGGUGGGUGGUGGCCUGCACAGCACAGCUGCUCUAGCUGACGGGCGCGUAUUCACCUGGGGCAAGGCUGAGGAGUGUGGCUUGGGCCUUGGCGAGAAGGACCGUCCUCUGCUGGAACCUCGUGAAGUGUCGGGGCUUCCAAGAGUUCGAGCUUUGCGAUGUGGUGGCCAUCACAUGCUGGCAACCACCAUGGAGGGCGACCUUUUCGUUUGGGGAUGUGGCCUGACCCAUCAGUUGGGCAACCGCCCGCGAGACGUAUCCAACCCUUACGAUGCUGAUGAGGAGCCCCAGGACGAGCUAAGACCUUAUCGUGUGUCAUCAAAGCAGCUGGAGCAGCGCUUUGUCAUGGUGGCAGACGGUGGCGCACAGCACACGGUAGAGCUGGCAUGGGACGGCUCCUACGGCAAGCCACAGCCAGCGGAGGCUGCAGUUUCCGUUGAAGUUGAAGGCCGUUCGCAAGAAGCUCCUUCGGAUGAACCUCCAUUGAAGCGAAGAGCUGUGGAAGUUUCACUUUGGGACGCUGAAGGUGCAGCACAAGCUGCGGCUGAGGUCCUCCGCUACUUUUCGGGCCACCUGCUGAGCGAGCCGGCGGCCGCGAGAGGAUUUGAAACCUUCGGCUCAGCCCAAGGCGAAGGUGUGAGGGAGAUGCAGGUUUUAUGGUCCCCGCGUGAUGCCAAAACAGAGGCUCCGACCAGUCAGCCUGCGCCGAAGCUGUCCAAGGAGGUCGAGCAGCACUUGGCAGCCCAGAUCUCAUGCUUGCGUGGGCUCGUAUGGGCGAGUCGCAAUCCAGGGCCGCAGCUCUUUGGAGUCCUUGCUGCUGGCCACAGCUCGCCGCGAUCAAGGCGUAUGUGAAGCCAUAGCCGCUCGCCACUGCGAUAGUGCUGACGCGACGCUAUGAAGCGG